AUGAAGCUGUUGAGCAAGGAGGAACUGAAGAAAGCAGAGGAAGCUCUCAGGCAUUACUUUCCCCAGUCUCAACAGGUGUACGGAUAUGUUUCUGCUAUCAAUCGAGUAGAAGCUGACCCCACAGAUGUACUGGUGGACCAGUGGCCAGAUUUCAAUGUGCUACUUAUAAAACCAAGACGGCGGAAGAAACCAGACUUUUUAAAAGACGUGUGCAUUUUUACCAAGGACAAAACAUCCCUAAUGAACAUAUUAAUCAGGACAGACAUUAUUGACUGGAAGCAGUACCAGUGUCUAAGUGCUGACCUGCAAUAUGAGGAACCAUUAAUGGCUGUAGCGAUGAACAAAUUUGUACCAAUGGAAAACAUAUGUUCCUGCAACCUAUUAAAUUUGCAAGAUCCAUCAAAGCUUACACUUGACAGAUCAUCUGUUCAAGUGUCACCACUGAAGGAGUCCCACAUUGCUCUGGUCUGUAGCACAUGGAAGUUUAACAUGGGUAACCUCACUGAACCCAUGAUCAGAAACAUGGUCUUGAAUUUCCCUUCGUAUUGUGUGCUGGAUGCAGAGGGUCGGCCCGUGUCAUGGAUAUUGACCUACGAGUCCUGUGCGAUGGGAAUGCUGUACACUUUGCCGGAACACAGACGGAAAGGCUACGCUAAAGUCCUGGUCAACGUUCUGGCAAAGAAACUGCAUUCAGAGGGUUAUCCGGUCUACUGCUUCAUUGAAGAGGAGAACCAGGCAUCCUACAAGCUCUUUACAAGUUUAGGCUUUUCUGAGGUUCCAUCAUUCAGGAAUGCUUGGUUUUCCGUCAAUGAAAUCUGAAUCACUGAGUCACUGAAUCAGUACUUUCUUGAAGGAACGUUCUUGAAGAUGGUGUUCACUGCACAUACCAUAUGUUAUCCAUUUAUACCUCAUGACAAUAUGAGCCAGUAUGUUGUCCAUUUAUACCUCAUAACUUAAUUUCUGCUUUAUCAUAAUAAUACUGUAACUCCAUGUAUUCUUUUGAUAUUUUGAAACAAUGUGAUAAUGAUCUUUGGCUAAUUUAGUAAAGUUUUUACAAAUCUUUAUAGAUCAAGCUCUUUUUAUGGCUCUAAAAAAAUGAUUUUGUUUUUGUUUUAUGUAAAACUAUAACCAUUGGAUUAAUGAUAAGAAAUGCUUUAAAUAAAAAUUUACCUGCAUAAGUAUUCAACCCUCAUGUGACGUAUAAAAACUAAUUUCUGUGUACAGUACUGAACUAGAUAAGCUUGCAUAAUAAUCCAUGAUCUUUGAGGCUUGUAACUAAGAUUGUGGAUAUCAUAAAAGUUAUCGAACGCUGCUGAUCAGUUCUCGUAGGAUUUGUGGUUUGAAUUUUUCAACAAUGAUGCACACUCUUAGACAUAAUUAUGCAAUUAAUUUACCCUUUAUUUUAAUUCUACACUGACUGUUUUCACAACUAAAAGGUAGGUAAAAGAUUAUUACAAAUUGGUCAAUGAAGGCACCUGCACACGUUUGUGGACGCUUGACCAUUACACCCAUAUGUGUAAAGGUAAAGCGGCCACUGGAACAAAAAACACAAAGCGGUUGAUGCAUGGAAGCUUCUAAAGAUGAAGUGCAAUAAUUUAAGUGUCCUGCCCAGCGCUCUGACCUCAACCCCACUGAACACCUUUGGGAUGAAUUAAAUACAAGCUGUCUACAUGUCUCCUCACC